UAAUAAUAAUACUAAUAAUAAUAAUAUUAAUAAUAGUAAUAGGUAACAGUGAUAAGGUGGCAAAAAUUAAAUCUAUAAUAGUACUUUUAUAAGAAAUUUUUUUAGUGUUAAAAAAAAAGUAAUGACUUCUAUGUUUGGGUUUUGUAAGAGCGAUCCAAGUAUACCAAUAGAGCAUCUUGAUUAUAAAUAUAUUGAAACAUGUCAGGACAGCAACAAAUUACGAAGAAUAUUGGAAAUUCUAAGAUCAGGUGAAGAAGGUAGUUACCCAGCAUUAGAAGAAUUUACUGAAAAGAAACUUGCAAAGCAAAAACCAAAAAGUUCAAUGUUUGAAUCAAUAAAUCUUGAAAAGCAUUUUAAUGAGUUGUCAGAAGAAGAAAAAUUGAAUGUCUUAAAAGAGAUAAAUGAAAUCAAAAUUCUAAAUCCAGAUUUAGUUCAAGAUACAAAGUAUGAUCUUCCUCCGAUAAGAUCCAAUAAAAAAAUUGAUGGAAAAAGUAACAAUCAAAGUUCUCUGGCUGAAAGCAUGUAUAAAAAACGAGUUGCUCCACGUAGUUAUGAUGAGUGGGCAAGCCUCGAGAAGGACAUUGAUAAUCAGAAUAAUAUUUGUAAUGAAAAAUCUUCAAGUAAAGUUAAAAUUUGUUCGAAUAACUUGGAUGCAAGCAAGAUUCUUGAAAACGAAGAUAUUAGAAGUUUAAAAAAUAAAUCUUUGGAGCUUCAGAUUCUAACAGCGCAAAAUGAAAAACUUAAAGGCAAUGAAGCUUUUCGCUCAGGAGAUUUUAAAGAAGCAUUGGUAUACUAUAAUAGAAGUUUAGAAAUGCAGAAUCAAACAGCUGUAUAUAACAAUCGAGCCAUAACUUAUAUAAAGCUAGAGAGAUAUCAAGAUGCAUUGGCCGAUUGCAAUCUUGUUUUAAAAGAAGAACCCACAAAUUUAAAAGCAUAUUUAAGAAGAGGGAUAUCAAAUGAAGCUUUGCAUCGCUUUCAUGAGGCUCGAGAUGAUUAUCAAAGAGUUUUAGAUGGAGAACCUAGAAAUAAGAGGGCAUUGGAAUUACUUUCUAAUAUAACCAAAAAAGUUGAAAAUCAGGUUGAAAGAAAAGGAAAACGGCUUAAAGUUGAAGAAAUUAACACAGAAACAGAAGAGGUAAGCAUCAAAGCUGCGGAGACAAAUUCCAAAGAUGAAGAAUUAAUUGAUAAAGUAGAGAAAAUAAACUCUAAAUAUGAUGAAAAAAACACAAAUGUUGAUAAUUUAAAUUCUGAAAUUCAGAAAUUUUCUGGAGGAGUAAAAGUAACCACUCCAAUUAGUAAUAAUAGUAAUCUCAAUAAUGAUAGUUUUGUAUCCCAAAUAUCUAAUGAUCCAAAAAAUCAAAUCCUAAAAGAUUCAGAACAACAAAGUAAUAAUCAUGAAGCUGUAGAAAGAGAAAUAAAAUCUAUACAAAAUAAAAACACUUCAGAAGACUUUAUGGAGGAAAAUUAUCUAAAUAAUUUGAAAGCAGAAACAUGUCAGCAAUUGAAAGAAGUUCAAAAUAAUUUAAAAGAUUUAACUUUAAAGAAUGAAAAAAUACCUGAAAAAACUUUAAUAGAAACUUUUGUAGACUCAAACAAUACAAACUGUACUAAUAUAAAAGCUCAAGCUCUAUUAAUUGAGAACGAAAAGAACAGUUUAGAUAAAACGUCUGAAACAUCUUCAUUUAAAUCCCAUGAUAAGACUUCACAAUCUUCAGAGAUAUCUUCUGUUCAAAUUCUAGAGUCCUUUGAAAAAUCUUUCGUUCUUAAUGAACCAAUCAAAAUAGAAUUACCAAAUCAAGAACUUAAGCACGAAAAAGAAAUUCCAAUAUAUGUAAUUACUUCAAAAGAUGAGGCAAAUAAACUUUUUUAUGCGGGAAAUUAUGUUUCAGCUGCUGAAAAGUAUACGUUGGCUAUAAAAUGUUUAUCAGAAGAUUCAACUGGGUUGGAGCAAGCUCUUGCAACAUUGUUAUGUAAUCGUGCAGCAUGUUACUUAAAAAGUGGUCAUUGUGAUGAUUGCAUUACUGACUGCACUGAAUCUAUAAAUUUAUUUCCAACUUUAAAAGCAUUUUUGAGGAGAGCUGCUGCGUUUGAAACAUUAGAGAAGUACACUUAUGCAUAUGUAGAUUAUGAAGUUGCUCUGCAGUAUGAUCACAAAGCCAUAAAUACUCAGCAAGCAUUGACCAGAAUAGCUGUGUUACUUAAAAUGGAGCAUGGUCUAUCAUGGCGUAAUGUUCUACCAGCGAGUACUAAAAUAAAUUUUAAUUCAACUUUACAAGAUAAAUCAGUGAGUUUUAAAACUAAUGAUCCAGUCUUCAAUAACCAAUUGAGCAAAGAAAGUUUAAACACAGAAAAUUUAAUGCAUACUAUGACAUUUAAUGAACUUAAAGAACUAGGAAACCAAUAUUUUAAACAGGGGAAAAUAAAAGAAGCAAUAGACUUUUAUUCACGUUGCAUUGUAAUCAAUCCACAAGAAGUUGCCAGUUACACAAAUCGAGCUCUUUGUUUUUUAAAGAUGGGAGAUGAGAAAUUGCCUGAUGCAAUAUCUGAUUGCAAAACAGCUUUGAAUUUAGAACCAAAUAAUGUAAAGGCACUGUUUCGUAGAGCUCUAGCGUACAAGGCAUCAAAAUGUUACAAAGAAGCAUUAAGUGAUUUUUCUGCACUGUUAAAAAUUGAGCCAAAAAAUACUGCAACAAAAGAUGAAAUAGAAAUUUGCAAAGAACUGUACAGAAAGACAUUACAAGAGAUUCAAUUAAAUACUGAAACUAAAAAAAGAGAAUUAAAAGGAAAAAGGAUUAACAUUGAAGAAGUUACGUCUCAGGCUGAAAAUCAUUCCAAAGUAAAACAUGAAAAAAAUAGUGCACCAAAGACGAAUCUUUCAGCACCACCUAAAAAGAUGAGUGGGUUUGAAUUUUUGCAAGCUUGGAGCAUCAAAACAAAUAAAAGCUCAGAUCAUGCAGAACUCCUCAAACAAAUUGAUAUUCCUAAGUUACCAGAAUUAUUGUCAAAUAAACUUGAUGGAGAGUUCCUUCAACACUUUAUUAGAGCUGUUCAUGACCAUUUCACUAAUAAAGAAUCAUUCAAGGUCGGUGUCCAAUUAUUGAAACACUUAAGCCGCACAUCUCGAUUUGUCACCAUUCUUUUGUUCCUAAAUACCUCUGACAAAACAAUGUUGAAAUCAACAAUAGAGUUAUUAGAAUUAAGAGCAAAAAAUAUUGAGGAUAAAAAUUUAAAGCAAGAAGUUUUUAGUUUAAGGACAACAUACAAGUUGUAAAUAUUUCUUGAACGUUUUUUUAAUGUAUUAGAUUUAUUUUUACAAGUUCUAAAGUUGCGAUGAUUGUAUAAUAACGUUAAAGUUGAUUUAAUGACGUUGUGUAUUUUGUA